AUGGAAAUCAACAAGUUAUUUGAAGUGCUCAAAAUUAGAAAAGAAGAAAUCGACGCCUCCGCCAUAUACCGUCAAUUGCGGCCUACGGCUUCAGAAGGCUCGAAAGUUCAAGAGACUGAGUCGCCAGACUUGAUUAAAGAGAUUGACACAGCUCUCGCCAACUACCAAGCUAGCACUCAUUACCAAGCAGUCAUCAAAGACGCCGUCGUCAAAGCUACACAAGACAACCUGCUGGAGUCGGUGAACCGAGCUGUAGACCCAUCAGUAUCUAAAGCAAUCUACCUUAUCAACAAAGACCAUGCCAUAGACCAACUCAAGCCUGAAGCAAUCAAAAUGAUGGAAGAAUUGAUUACCAGCUUCACGCCAAUGAUUUGUCGUAAAGCCGUAGAAGAAGACAUAGAAUCAGAGCUACGAAGCCUUAUGAAAGACAAAAGUUUAUUGAAGUUCAGCCUGGACCAGUUUGUGGAAGAUGCGACUGCAGUGACAACAAAAGUUAGUGUUGCUUACAUCGCGAAGAUGGCAAUUAAAGAAGGAACCAAAGUCAUGUAUCCGCAUUUUAAAUAA